AAAAAAAAAUUAGAUGCAAAAUUGCACGAGAAAAAUGCAAUGACAGAUAUUCUUGAAAAGAUUGAAGCCAAAACUGGUGUCCGAAGACUUUACCUUGCUCUCGGUUUGGGAGUUAUUUGUGCAUUGUAUUUGAUGAUCGGAUAUGGAGCCCAGUUCCUUUGCAAUUUCAUAGGAUUUCUUUAUCCAGCCUAUGCAUCGGUGAAGGCAAUAGAGACAACAAACAAGGAGGAUGAUACUCAGUGGUUAAUGUACUGGGCUGUGUACAGUUUCUUCUCACUCCUAGAAUUCUUUACUGACAUUUUCUUAUUCUGGAUCCCAUUCUACUGGCUUCUUAAGUGUAUUUUCCUCAUAUGGUGUAUGUGCUCUGCCUCGUGGAACGGUUCAGAUAUGAUCUACAACCGGAUCAUCCGACCAUUCGUUCUGAGACACCAGAAGAAAAUAGAUGCUGCUCUUGAUAAAGCCCACGAUAAACUCAAAGAUGUUUUUGGUAUAGCAAAGCAAAAAGUAUCCGACGUCAUGUCAAGUGAAGCUACAGAAAUGGCAGCAGACGUUGCUAGGCAACGCAUUAUCAACAGUUCCAAGACUGAUUAGAUUCUGAAGAUUCUGUAUAAAGAUGCACCCAUUCUGUAUAGAAGCAAUAUUUAUAAUAUAUGAACUAUAAUAUCACUUUUGAUAAACUAAAGAAUGUUUAAUUUUCACCUUGAAUAGAUGUUGAUGGUUAGUAGUGUAAUUUUGUUUUUCUGUUCAGAUUUUGAAUUUUUCUAAUGGAGUUUAAGGUAGUCAUAAGAUUUUUGUUUUGAGAGGGAGACUUUUCUGCAAUAUAAUUAUAAAUAUUAACUUUUUACUGGAAGUGUUUUUGUAACAACUAAAUUCAUCAAAAUUGUAAAAAAAAAUAUAUGUUUUAUAUUGAGAUAAAAUAGAAUUUUAGUACAUUUUGUCACCUUAGUGCAGUAAAGGAAUAACUCCUUAUAUGAUUUAAUAGGAGUUAUCCAUUUACUGCACUUACGUGACCAUUUGUGUUAAGGGCAUUUUGAAAAUAAUCUGUUGGAUGUUCAGGGCUAGAAACAUGGGUUCAAUUUUGUUUAGGUGCUUAUUUAAUCAUUCUAGUAAUAGAAGCAUGUAGUUAUGUUGAAAUUUUGUUGAUUUUGAAGUUAAAUGAACAGUAACAAAUGAGAUUAUUUUUUGUCGAGUUGAAACUUUUAUGUGACGUGUGGUGAAAAGAUGCCAUUUUGCUGUAAAAAUGUAAACAUUUAUUAUUUUUGUUACUUUUACAGAUACUAAAUAAAUUUUGUGUCCGAUAUAAUUUUGUAAGACCAAGAAAAUGUUCAAGAUAAAUAAAUUUUGUGUCCGAUAUAAUUUUGUUAGACCAAGAAAAUGUUCAAAAUUUGGCAUUGUUUUUUCUCUGUCAAUUAAAAAAAUUAAUUUCGAUGUAAAUGAUGAAUUGAGAUUUCAUCACUUUAUUUAAAUAAUGUACUCUGGUGUAGUGUGUUUAUGACCGACGUGGGACAAUAUAUAUAUCAUAUCCAAUCAUCUCUUCCUAUUCACUUAUAAUAUAAUUGCUCAAAGAUAUGUCUAUGGUCGUCUGAUGAUAUACUAAAUAGUAAAUGCAUUUAUUGUUUUAUUUAUUCAAUUUUAAUAAUUAAAAUAUAAUUUUUUGAUGCUUAGGAAUGGGGUACUGGUUUUGCAUGAACAUUUGAAUUUGUUGUGAAAUUAUGUAAGUUUGAAUAUAGAAAUCAACUCCAAUUUAAAUUUCUGUAGAAUUUCUUUGAAGAAAAUCUCAGUGUUUGCCCAUCCAGUAACAAAUGCUUUUGGUUGUUUUUUCUUGUUGUUUUUUUUGUUUUUUUUUGUAAUAGAACAUUGUUCAAACAGAUCUGUUUCUUGUUGACAGGUUUCAGGAAAAGUGUUCAUUCUUACUUGCAAAUAAAACAAACAGUCCUGUAAACUUAUUAGUGUCAUAAAAAAGAUUUAACUUGAAAAAAAAGUGAUUUCUCACUUGUCGGUUAAAUGCAUCCACUUGGAUUUCACCGCUAAAUGGUUUUAUAGUAUACAUGUAUAUUAUUUUGUAAUGCGAGAAAUUUGUAACUUUGACAUUUAUACCUGAAGCAGUGUGCAACAGAUGCAUAAAAUGGAAUAUAAUAUCAUUAGCCACAUUACUAUACUGUAUUAUAUUUGACAAAUGUCACUUGAUGCAUUAUUACACUCAGUCAUAAUUAUACAUGUUGAUACUAGGGACUGUCAUAGAAAUAGAAUCUGAUUGGUUCAAAAUAAAGAAAAAACAACAAUUUUGCAAUGCAAAAUUCUUGUCAUUCAAUGGUGGAACUGGUUUUUUUAAAAAAAAAAAAAGGUAUCGGUUUUAAUAAUAUACACACACACUAUUUUAUCCACUUACAUUGACUCAUUCAUCAUAUUAGACACUAGUUUAUACCAAAAAAAAAAGAAUUGCAGGAAAAAAUUAACUUUUAAAUCUCCAGAUGAAUCUGUUGUAUCUAAGUAUUUAGUAAGCUAAGCCCUAUACUUGUGUUAUUUUGUAUAGAAUUUAAAUGCUUAAUUUUCGAUUUUCAAUCUUCUGUAGACAUGUCUCAUUUUGUAUCAUUAAAAUGGUGUAGAAAUUAUUUAAUGCAUGCUUUGUUAACCCAUAUUUAAAACAACAUUGUAUAUUUGAUCUUUUUUCCCCAUCUGGUGUCCACUUAUUAACAAAUUUUCUGUUAUUGUUGUUGUUGUAGUUUUUAUAUACAUGUGAGUAUGUGGAAGACUGCAUAUCUUUAUUUUGAAAAAAAAAUCUUGAAAAGCUAUUCAAAUGUGUUAAACAAAGAUAACUCUUCAUUUGUUGACACCUUUAAUAACUUGUCUUCUUUCUGUUUCAGUCUGGUAAAAAAAGUUAUUUGUUUUUUUAGCUGUGCAAACAAAAAAUUUUGAGAAUCAAUAAAAAACAUUGAUUGAUUGAUAUUGGAAUACAUGUAUAAUGGAUGUUUGGUUUCAACUGAUCUCCACAUUUGUUGUAUUUGGUUCCUUUUAUAUUUGGAAUGCCCUAAGUGUAUAUAACUGAGAUAGGGGGACCAGUCGCUCUGUAUGCAGCUAUUUUAUUGGUCAAUUCAAAUGAGGAAUUUGAAAUAAGCCAAUCAAGUUCUGUAAAUGUAUUGAGACUGGUGUCAGAAUUGAGUUUUACUAAAGGGCUAGGAGUAUGUUUUGUCUUUAUUUUUCUGUUUGUUAAAAAAGUUUAUUUUUUUGUUCAUAAAGUGCAAUGAAGAGAACUUUUGUGAGAUGGGGCAAUUUUUAUUAUCUUUUCAUUUUGAUUUGGCUUUUUGACUUUUGUGUAAUUGUGAAAUAAAUAGGCUCUUACUUUGAACUGAAACUUUGUUUCAUUUUCAAAGGGGGGAAAAUUGCUUUAAGUGCUAAAUAAAUAAAAAUAGCUUGGUUACUAGUUGGCUAUGGGAUAUAAGCAAUAUAUUUCUAUAAAGAUCUGAGUUGAUUCGUGUUUCAUACCUGAUUGUGUAUUUACUUGUAGUUUGUGUUAAUUUAUUCAAAAUAUUUAAAUACAGUUGAAACAGACGUUUUUAUUAAAAUAAAAAAAGGUUAGAGAUUGUUGCAUCCUUUAGUAUAAAUUCCAGAGAAAUUUUUGUUAGGUGAGAAAAGAAAGUGUGUCUUAUAGAUUUUUUGUUACCAUGGAAACAAGUAUUCUUUUCAUGGAUUAUAGGAGGAAAUCUACAUCCAAACAAAUGCAUGCGCACAAAAAUGAGUAAAAGAAGCUACAUUUUUGAUACCCUGCAUUGCUUUCAUAUAAACAUUUCAUUUUUUUCUGACUUAAUAAACUUACUUUGGAAUUAAAAAUGCUUUGGAUUGUCCCAGCUAAUCAUAAUCAAAGUGUACAAACAAACAUUUUAAACAAAAAAAGUGCACCAUGCUAAAUUUUUUAUUGUGAACAGUAGUGCCGUGUGAAGGUAAUACAGUAAAAUUUUGUUUGUACCAGAUGAUAAGCUUUGAAAAACCCACAUUUGUCUUGUUCAAUAUAACAUCUGAUGAUAAUAUUCAACUGGUUACACUUAGUAUGUAAAUGUUGACAGUUCUAGGAAUGUUUCAUGUAAGUAGUUACUAUAGAAUUUUAUUGUAAAUUACGCCAACCUGGCUUUGUAUAUUUUAACUUUAGUCAAAACAAUGGACAAUUUUCAUGUAAUUUGUGUUAUUGAUGAUAAAUUUUCUUAAAGGAUUGAUAGAAUUUAUUUUUACUGCAUUAGCAAAGCAGAUUCAUAAAUGAUUACAUUCAAAAUGUCACCUGUGGAAAAUGUUCUUGUCAUUGUGUCCUGUCUGUAAUUUUUCUGUCAGUUUUGCCAAAAUUAUUCUAUGUUUUUUUAUCAUUCCAUAUUUUCUAUUUCUUGCCAAAUAACCCUUCAAUAUUCUUAAUGGUAUUAAUUGAACUAACAAGUGUUCAUAAUUUUUAUAUUUUUCUUUAUAAUUUAACUCAAGUCUUUUCAUAGAUGUUUUGUUCUUUACUUUCAAUUGACUUUUGGCUAGCAAUAUUAGGAAUAUGUUUCAUUUUUACACUUUAAGUAAAUUUUACUAUCUUACUGAAUAUUUAAAAAAAAUGUUAAGAUUACCUCCCUUUGCCAUAGAUUAGUAAAAAAAAAAAUACCUCCCUUAGACAAUGAAAAAUAAAUAAAACUAAUGUCUUGUGCAAUAAGGUAUCUCAAAGGUAAGGGUCCAACUUUGUUAAAAUUUAAUCUCAAGUUUAUAGCAAUUUGCAUGAAUGAAUCACUGACUUGAUAAUAAUGUGGUUUAAAAGAAGAUAUUAAAGUGAAUUUUCAUUUUUCAGAAACAGUUUUGUCAAUGAUAAAAACCACAAAGUUUAAAAUACCCUGCAGAUUUAUUUAUCGAGCAUUUAUUUGUAUUUUCUUUUCUUUCUUUUUCUAAAAUCUUUGUCUCAAGUAAAUUAUCUAAUUCCAUGAAUGUUAAAUGUUUUCUUAUGUAUUCAAUAAAACAAAUAUAAUAUAAAAAGUUACUUAUAAAUGUGUGGUGUAAGGGUACUAUAUAGCAUAAUUUUCAAACUUCUUGUAGCUGUGAAUCAAUGAUUUGUGUGAAGUAAUGAUUUCAAAACAAUUCUGCAAUUCUUUCAAGGAAAGAAAAAAAAUCUUCAUUUACUUAAUUCCUAUUAUUUGAAUACAAGAAUUUUUGACUCUCACAGUCUGGUGAAAAGUAUCUGGCAUUAUUUUUAUGUAAGGAAUUAAGAAUAUUAUCAACAUGCAAAAAACAAAGAAAGGAUUUACAAGAGACUGCGAGGAAUUUUAUUCUGUCUUUUUCUUUCCUUUUAGAUAAUUUUCAGGUUUGAUGUUGUUCUUAUAUUAGCUUCUUCAGAUUUAUUUAAAUUAUACACGUGUUGAUUUAUGUAGUAAAACUAUCCCCUCUACA